UGGCCCCCGCCCUCGACGUCUCGUCCCACACUCCUCUUUUUUCUUAGCCCUCCUCUUUUCUCUUUCAUUCGCCUGGUUCGUCUCCUAAAUGUACACCCGGCAGAACUCUUUCAACUACGACAUGUGACGCUAAAGGUGUUGCAAGUUAUACACGACAAAUAUAUGUUCUCUCCAUCCGAAGAACAUCCAGGAAGUGGUGUGGAUUACUCGUCGGUGGACCGGCACAUACACGAUUACAGCCGAACUGGGAACAGAAAAGUCGAAAGAGUUACACUAACGUCAUUAUUGUUUCAUUCGGGAUCAUUAUUUAAGAAAACUAUGCCUGGGAACUGGAUUAUGGAUUACGUAGAGAGUUCAAACUUGUGGAGUUUGCACUGAAAACCAACGAGGUUAUAUUCACUUUCAUGCACCUUUCCUAAAGCUCGUCUCAUCUGUACGUGCGCGCACACCCUAACGUUUCGCACCGCUGCUUGAAGAUGUUGUCCACGUUUAGAGAGUGGUUUUGGAACGAGAGACUUUGGUUUCCAGAAGGGCACGGCUGGGCUGACCUGGAGGACCGGGAUGGUUUAACCUACUCCAAGCCAGCUAACCUCUGGGUGACCCUGCCCAUCGCCCUCGCAUUUCUUGUCAUACGACAGAUCUUUGAAAGGACAGUGGCCACUCCACUAGCUGCAGCUUUGGGCGUAAAGGAGAAAGUGAGGGUGCGACUGGAACACAACCCCACACUGGAAUCGUACUUCAACAACACAGCAAAAAAUCCCACACAGAGCCAAUUCGAGAGUUUAGCUAAAAAGACGGGAUCUACAGAGAGACAAAUCCAAAUAUGGUUCCGAAGGCGACGGAAUCAAGAUCGACCAAACCAGCUCAAGAAGUUCAGAGAGGCCAGCUGGAGAUUUACCUUUUACCUUCUUGCAUUCAUUGCUGGCCUUGGUGCACUUAUUGAUAAACCAUGGCUCUACGAUAUGAAGGAAAUGUGGAACGGCUUUCCAAUGCUGACACUGUUGCCGUCUCAAUACUGGUACUACAUGAUCGAACUGGGAUUUUAUAUAUCGCUUCUGUUCAGCGUAGCAUCUGAUGUCAAGCGAAAAGACUUUAAAGAGCAAAUACUUCACCAUGUCGCCACCAUCCUGCUGAUAAGUUUCUCAUGGUGUGUGAACUACAUUCGAGCCGGGACCCUCAUUAUGCUGGUGCACGACACCGCAGACUCUCUGCUGGAGUCAGCUAAGAUGUUUAACUAUGCCGGCUGGAGAAAAACAUGCAACUACAUUUUCAUUGUCUUUGCCAUCAUCUUCAUGAUCACCAGACUCGUAAUCUUUCCAUUCUGGAUCAUCCAUUGUACCUGGGUGUAUCCAGUGACUGUAUAUCGCCCGUUCUUUGGGUAUUACUUCUUCAACGGGCUGCUGUUUAUACUGCAGUGUCUGCACAUCUUCUGGGCUGCACUCAUCCUCCGUAUGGCCAUCAAAUUCCUGCCGGGCAAUAAUAUCGUGGAGGAUGAGAGGAGUGACCGAGAGGAAUCAGAUUCUGAAGAUGAGGAAGAAGAGGAAGAGAAAGAACAGAAGGCACAAAUGAAAAAUGGACCAGUGCAGAACGGCCACUCCCCCCUAAACAACAACCAUCACCGCAAGACACAAUGAACAAGAGGAGGUACAGAACCUCCCCAUCAGCCACACGUACAUGCGGAACAGACCAAAAUACUGCAGCGAGAAGUGUUUGAUGGAUUGCCAAGAACACACACUUAGACAGAUUUAUGGGAUGCUACGUUUUGUGAAGUAGUCCUACUUUGAAAACCAAGAGAUAAAAAAACCACAAGCAUGAAAAAUUGAAAACGCUAUUAACAAAAUGGUCCAAAUUAUUAAGGGUCUGUAAUUGGUUGCCUUUUCAAUUUCUACUGUGUAUGAUUGAUUUAGUGCCUGGUUGUGAAGUCACUUUUUAUGUUUUAAUUUUGUGCAUCGCACACUCAUACUGCCUCUUUAGUUGUCAUAUAGUUUUGCCAGUUGUUUUCUGAUCUCAUAUUCGGGUUUGCUCAUAUUUUCAUCAGAUUCUAAAACUGGAAUUUUUCGAGUUCAGAUAACCUGUUCCUUUCAAAUAACACCAAGUGACCUUUAAGCACCUGCAUUCCACACACACGCGUCUUUCGUCUGCGUCGUGUGUUCGCUGCCAAGGGCAUUCUUCACCGAUCUCUUCCCAAUGCAGUUGCAGUAAUAAACGUUAUCAAUUUGCAAUACACUACCACAUACAGAGACUCAAACUCUGUAAAGCUUGUCCGCUUGGUUCCGUUAAGCCCCAUCGUGCUGGCGAGGUGCAGAAUCAAUAUGCUGCCUGUUGUGUAUAAUGUUUGUUCAAUGACAGUGUUGCUGUUGUGUUAGAGAAUCUAAUAUUUCUGUGUCGUGUCUUGUAAUGCAUUUCUUUUUAAGAUUUAUUCUUACAAAUUAUUUUAAAAUUUAAUUAAGAUUUUUGUCCAAGUUGGUUUGCGUUUAAAAUUGUUAUUAUUUAAGAUCCAGAUUUUCAACAGGUUUUGUGUUCAGCAAGCCUGAUAAGCUGAUCAUUUAUGCAGUAAGACGAAGUGAACCUUUAGCCAGUUCUUUGUCUCUUCCAUUUUUAAAAUAAAUGAUUACAUGAAGGGUCAGUAUUAGGUGCUGGAUGCACCUUUUACGCUCCAUUAUUUGUCAGAACUGUAAAUGUUGAUCAUUCUAGUAAUGAUCAACCAAAUGUUUACUGUAAUUCUCAUUUUGGCUCGAAAUGUAAUAUUAAUGAGAAAUAGGUUGAUCCCUAUUGAAGAUGGUCCAAUAUUUACAUCCACUGUCUCGUAAAUUAGCGUAAAUUACAGGUUUUCAAAAUCAAAGAAUGUCGAGACGGGUGUUCAGCACAUAAGAAAUGCAUUAUAUGCAGGUGGAACGGGACUUCGGAAUUGGCCUUGCAAAGAUAUUUUACAUUUCCAAAUGCUUCCUCAAGUGCCUUAUUUGUAAAACCUUUGUGUUGCUGCUUCUAUGUGCUUCACUUUCUCAUCUUUCUACCUUUGAUUUUUUUCAAACCAUGCCAUUCUCUUUUUUUUGUUUACAUCCACUUAUAUUCAUCUCUCUUUUUGGCCCAGUGCCAAGACCAACACCCCCAGUUUGCUGUUAAAGGGUCCACCACACAAACGCAACAAAAACAUGAUCUGCGUCACAACUGCCAGUGUUUUUUAUGUUGUAUUUUUGUAUUGUCAUCAUUCACCAAUGUAAGAUAAAGAUUCUUGUGAAUGACAAGCUUUGCCAUCUGUAUGUGUGGAGAAACACAUUGUAAAUUAUUUCCUGGAUGUGUCUUUCAAAAAGCAACAGAACACUCAAAUAAGUCUCUUAAAGUUUAAGAUGAUGCAAUAUCGCAUACUAGAUUAUUCCAAAAAGUUAAGCAUUGCAUUAUGUGCUUUUAAACAUGGUGUAACCUGCACGUACUUGGUGACUAAUGCCAAAGUUCCUCCCCCCCCCCAAAAAAAAAAACACGAGCCUGAGAUGUGAUGCCGUCAGAAUAUCUGAUAUUGCAUUUUAGACCACAGUUGUAUCGUUAAGUAUCACGGCUUUAAUUUAAACAGAUUGUUGGUGUUCAGUCUAAAUUACUUUUGACAAUUGUGAAAAAGACUCACAAAUGACUUAUUACUAAGAAAUAUUUGCUUCCUUUUUAGAAAUGUUUUGUUCGUUUUAUUAACAAUAGACUUAUUUUGUAGGAACCAGAAGAUUGUGGUUUCAAAACAAAAAAAGAAAUCACUUACUUGAAACAAAUGCUUGAAACUUGUGAUAUGUAAAUUCUACAUAUGUUCAUGUUUUGUCAUAAUAAGCAACAUGUUCUCAUUGGUUCUGACUGUGUCGGAGAGCUUACGUUUAGUCUUUUUAGAAGUAGUCGUGGCACAAAUACCAUCAACUGUCACCUAUUUUUGCUUUGGUUAGAGUAUCUGCCAAUCAAAUAAAUAUGUAUGAAUAUA